AAAUGGCUACUGAGAAAGUAUCAUUUUUAGAAAGUCAACAAAGUAGGGAAGUCAUAGAAUUAAGUCGACUUCUGCAGGAAACUAGUGAUAAUGUUACAACGACCCCUUCAGGCUUAUUACUAUCAGCUAAACGUCCAGUUGUGAAAAAAAUACUGGAAGCGAUGGCCUCUGGGAUAGACGUGUCGUCUUUAUUUGGCGAUGUUGUUAAG